UUGAUUCCUUCAUUAUUCUCACUCCCUUCAAACAUCUUCCCUCUUGGCCUUGAGACACGGGAAAAUUCGAGGGAUCGGACCGCUGCCGAUCUUCUGCUCACUUCCAUCGUACGAUUACACUGUAGAAUAUCAGUUUCCUCUGGAGGAAAGUGGGCUGUCACAUCAUAUGAACUGGUGUUGCAUAUGAGUUAAGCCUUGGCCAAGCUGUAGGGACCAUAGCUUUAGGGAUUCUUUACUGGUUUGCUUUCAUCCUUAACAAGUGUGUAUAUCUGAAACACUGAGUGCGUAUGGAACCUAAUGGUCAUACGAAAGCGAGGAGAAAGGAUCAUCUUGUCCAAGCAAAUGGGGAUACACAUUCCAUAAAUGAACUAGAUCCAUGGACUGCGUGGGCAUAUAAGCCUCGUACUAUUUCAUUAUUAUUUGUUGGUGCAUGUUUUCUUGUUUGGGCAAGUGGAGCCCUUGAUCCUGAGAGCAGUGAGUCUGGCGAUCUUGCAACAUCUGUAAAAAGGGGUGUAUGGGCAAUGAUUGCAGUUUUUCUAGCUUAUUGCUUGCUGCAGGCUCCUUCUACGCUCCUUAUUCGACCGCAUCCUGGAAUUUGGCGUUUAGUUCAUGGAAUGGCUGUUGUUUAUCUUGUUGCUCUCACAUUUUUGCUUUUUCAGAACCGUGAUGAUGCUAGGCAGUUCAUGAAGAUUCUCCAUCCCGACCUUGGUGUUCAACUUCCGGAAAGAUCCUAUGGUGCAGAUUGUCGCAUAUAUAUUCCUGAAAAUCCCUCAAGCAGGUUUAAGAAUGUUUAUGAAACGCUAUUAGAUGAAUUUGUAUUAGCCCACAUCUUUGGUUGGUGGGGCAAGGCCAUUUUAAUCCGCAAUCAGCCACUUCUUUGGCUUCUCUCAAUUGGAUUUGAGUUGAUGGAGCUUACCUUCCGAUACAUGCUACCGAACUUCAAUGAGUGCUGGUGGGACAGCAUUAUUCUUGAUAUUUUGACGUACAAUUGGUUUGGUAUAUGGUCUGGAAUGCAUACUGUUAGGUACGUUGAUGGGAAAACAUACGAGUGGGUUGGUAUAAGUCGCCAGCCGAACAUCAUGGGCAAAGUUAAGCGAACUUUAGGACAAUUCACACCAGCACAGUGGGACAAAGAUGAAUGGCACCCAUUGCUUGGUCCAAUGCGAUUUAUUCAAGUUCUCAGCCUUUGCAUCGUGUUUCUGAUGGUAGAACUUAAUACAUUCUUUCUGAAGUUUUGUUUGUGGAUUCCUCCUCGAAAUCCUGUGAUUGUGUAUAGGUUGAUCUUGUGGCGGCUAAUAGCAAUACCAACAAUUCGCGAGUACAACUCCUACCUCCAAGACCGAAAACCAGCGAAAAAGGUUGGAGCAUUUUGUUGGCUUUCCCUAGCAAUUUGCAUUGUUGAGCUUCUCAUUGACAUCAAGUUUGGACAUGGCUUAUAUCCAAAGGCGAUGCCAAAAUGGUUGGUAAUAUUCUGGCUGUCUAUCGGAGUGGCUCUCGUUUCGUUCAUUCUCAUUUGGUCUUGGAAACUGCAACGCAGUUAUGGCAAAAAAGGAAGAUAAUUUUGGGAAAGCUAUUACUAUUCUUUGGUUGCUAUUUUACUGAUGGUAUUAUAUUGAUGGUUGUUAAUAGACUUGAUGAAAAUUGUAUUGUAAAUGGCUUU